UUUAACUCGCUGAUUUUCCCCCCAAUUUUAUUUUUUUCUGUUGUUAUCCGACACAAUCCUAGAAACAGAAACCAUGGCUAAAGGUAGGGGCCUCAAAAUUUGCUUGGGGGUGUCUUUACUCCUCCUGAUAAUUGCUACCGUAGUGAUUGUGACCUUGAGUCUGACCGUCUUUAAACCCAAGAAUCCUGUUAUCAGAGUCGACCUAGUUGGCAUCGAAAACUUUCAAUUUCCCCUCUCAGCCAAUUCAACCAUGAAUGUAACACUGGACACAUUGAUCACAAUAGUGAAUCCAAACUAUGGAAGCUUCAACUACAUAAACUCAACCGCUUAUGUGAACUAUGAUAAUACCAUUGUAGGUGAAGUUCCAAUAGGGGCAGCGUUUGUCCCAGCACGCGGCACAGUUAAUGUGACCACUGGUGCAAUAUUUAUGGUGGGAAAGUUGAUACAAGAUCCCAAAUUUUGGUCAGAUGUUGUAUCAGGGUCCUUGAAUUUGACAUCAACGGCUGAACUUCCUGGGAAAGCGAGUAUACUCAAAUUCAUCAAAUUGAAGGCCACGGCUUACAGCUCUUGUGACAUCUCUGUUAGUAUAAGUUCUAUGCAUGCUGUUACUAAGUGCAUAGACAAAAUCAAGCUUUGAUAGUGACGUAACCUGGAUUUUCUCUUUUUAAUUGGUUAAUAUGGUGGUUUUAGUCAAGGAAAAGGCGCCUUUUCCAUGUUGUCAUUUUUUACAGAAUAUAUAUUUGUAAGGGAGUACAUUUUUUCUUUGCAAUUA